CUGUUUAUUCUCUAUGUAAUGAUACUAUAAAUAAUUAAAUGGCAGAAUUCAGUUUAGUUCAAAGAAAUAAUAAAAAAUUUGGAAUAUGUGGGUUCUUGUAGUUCUGCAAAAGUCAAUUAAUUGAACUGUUUAAAGAUUAGUACUUUAAUAUAGUGCAAUAAUGACCCAUUAAUUAAUUCUUAACCCUCCCAUAUUAAACAAUAGCAUAAACACUUCAUUCAAUCAACAUUUCCCGUUUCGGAAACAUGUCGGAAACUUGAUGUUAAGGGCACCAUGUAGAGUUGGAAUGUGUUCGUCACCGAUAAUGCUGACAUCGUCUCAGUUGAUUGCAACAGAAAUCUGCCCUGAAUUUAUUGUGAGGGCACUUCUCUACCCUGGUGCCAUUGCAAAAUCUUUUGUCAAGAACAGAACUUUACCAGGCUAUGAUGAAUUACUCAAGCUUUAUAACCUUACGAAUUUGAAGAAAGGUCCUUCUGCAAUUGAUUUUCAUCACCUGGAGAUUCUUGCAGGAAGCUACUUGACUGUGGCAGGAGCUUUGAUGGGUCUUGUAAGACCAGGAAGAAUGAGCCUUUGCGGAACACUUCUUAUUGUAUGGGGAUUUCUACGAGAAGUUAUCUUACGAAAGAAUGCUAAUAUGAAUCCUAUGAAAGGGUUUUAUAUCCACCCAACAAUGUCCAUUGCAGUCCUUUGUGCUUGCUUAUCCAUAAGAAAGGAUGUCCGGAGGCUAAUCCGUAGUUUUCGAGCUCCACGCAUGGAAAAAUCUCUGCGAUCAAAGGCGAAAUCAUCUUGACGUGGGCGUAUAAAAAGGUGUAACAUGUUCAAGUAGCUAACCUCUAAAGAAUCAGAAGAUUUUCUUUGACAGAGAAAUUGAAAUGUGGUACAAUAGGUUAGGUUCAUAACAAGCUUUGAUUUUCAAUACACGGUCAUUCUUUUCAUUGUGUAAGUAAACUAAUUGCUGUCUACAUGCAUUUCUGGUCAUUUCUUUUA